GGGGAUGCUGGUAAUCCACAACUACCAACAGCUCUCUCCUGGCUGCCCAGCCUGGGCAUUCUCAGCCUAUGAAAUCCACCUGCAUCUCCAGUCCACCAAUCAUAUAGGCGCAUUUGCCCCAUGGAAGGCCUCUAGAACACCAUCCUUCUGCGUGACUCAUCAGUGAGGCGAUCUUGAGGGCAUGUUCAUCUACAUCAAACAUGGAGAUAAUCAGCAGUUUCUGGUCAAUACCAACUGCUCUGUCACCGUGAUGCUGUAUUACAUCCGCAAAAAACUACAGUUGCCUAAAACAAGCUCCAUCGAUUUGUGUGAUGAAGCAGGGACGAUGAAGAUGUUUUUCCAGAUGAAGCCCAACCAUACAGACUAUGCCAGCAAAUACCUUACAGCUCGAAGCACCUACUAUGUUUGUAAGGUGGAGCGUGGGCCACCAGGAACCAGGACGGAGGCUGCUUACAAAGGUUUUGUGCCUCUCCUCAAGAAUCCGGAGCCUCUGCUGCUUGUUGCACUGCGCGCACAGUGUGACGCCCUGGAGAGGAGCCGACUUGAGAGGCUUAAAAUACUAGAAGCCAAGAAAGUCGUUACAAUUGAACCCUCUGCAAUUAUCCCGUCCAAGCUAUCAGGACGAGAUGAAAAGAAGUCCGGUCGCAAGUCUCCGACCUCUAAGACCAGAGUAGAUUUCAGGAAGGAUAAACGUCGUCCACCACCCACUAAACCCACCAAGCAAAAGAAGUAAUACAAGGUGUGAAAUUACUGGAAUUUAGUGUGAGAUUUCUGUUUCUAGAAAGAUUUCUCCCAAUAUCUGCACUAAGGCUUGAGUACGUAAGCCCC